AUGAUCAUGUCUAACGAUGUGGAGGAACAGUCCCCUGCUGGAGAAGUGUGGCGUCGUAUUGCCACGUCUCUGCUGGUGUGUGUAGUGUGUGACUGUGAACCAACACGGCGGCUGGCCGCUUUUGGGGGGUUUUCUCGGGCGGGGGUUUUGGCGUGUCGCUGUAUGCACGCAUUCACAGACGCAUACAACGAGACACACACACGCAGAGAGAGAAGGAGAGAGAAGGGAAUGCCUCACCUUCGUGACUAUUAUGUGAAGUGCCUCUUAGUAUUUUCCACACGGCAUUGGGAGAUGCAAAGCGAGUGGUGGGGAAAAGAAGACGAAUUCAUGGAAAAUAGCCCCACAGUUGUGUUGUGCCAUACAUUUGCGUUGUCGUGCUCCAUGAAGGAUUCUCUUGCCUGUUGA